UUAGAGUAAUGUUACACUCUUAAAAUUUAUUUUUUUGAAAAUGCAACGUAACUGGCUCGCACUGAGAUUCUGAACAAGCAGAUGGUAUCUUUGAGAACAGGUACUACUCGUCCAAUGGCUGCCAAGGAGAGUCUCUUGUGCUUGGUUCUUUUGCUUUUGGCCAUAAACCGGCCACAUGCGGAAAGUAAAACCUUAAGCAAAGAGGUCCCAGGUGAUAAUAAUGAAGCCGCAUUGAGAGAUAAGAGAUUCGCAGUGGAUCCUCUUAGCGCAAUCGGCUUGGCUGUGAGUGUAGCCUCGGCCAUUCAAAGCGCUGUUUGUACGUUUUCAAGUGUCUGCGGUGGUGAUGAAGUCACUCAAGCGCUUGAAAGGAUGGAGAAAAAGCUGGAUGCCAUACAGAAUGACGUCACAAGCAUCAGACAUGAUGUGGAAGAAAUCUGGGAAGAAUCAAAACGCAAAUGGUACUUCAAACACAUAGAUAACAUCAUUCAACAAAGGAAGGAGGUUAUUGCUGACUUAAAGAGUGAAGAUUAUUCUCAGCGGGCUAUAGACAAGCAAACCCGAUUUAUCCAUGAGGUAUUUGGUACCACAUCAAAAGACGAGUACGUUGAAAAAGCACUUCUCCACAUCCCACAACUAGUCACCGAUGAGGGACUGGUCACCCAUCACUUCGACGUUCAGAUUAGAGAUGGAAAAUCUACUAAAGAAGCUGCGAAACUGACAUGGAAAUUCAUAAAGAAAAUCUUUCGAUACCAAGAAGAUGGCUAUGCCUCUAUUGUCUUUGCAGCCUCUAUGAAGUAUAAAAAUGAUGAAGAAUCUUACAACAGCACAAUGUCUGAGGUGUGCGCUUGGUGGCCAAAGUCUAACGACCCCGAAUACACGACGUUUUGUAAACAGUUUGUCAAAGAUACAACCGCCGAGAACCGAAGAAGGCGUCAGGAGGACUUCCUCUACGUUAUAAGAGAUCUGGCUCUUAUCCCUGUUCAACUGGUGCAAACGGACUGUAGUAAGUUCUCAGAUUCCAAUGCUGUGCACUACUCCGAAGGUCAUCUUUAUGUUUCACAACCUGAAGCCAAAAAGAUCUUGAUCGUGGACCCUAAAACACUAGAUGUCGUCAAAGCCCUUGCGGUACCCGGAUCUGAAUGUGGUGGACAUUGCCAUCCAAUUGGAGUAAGCAUCAAGGUAAAGGACAAUUUGAUGGCAAUUGGCGCAAAGAGCAGUUUGCCUGGGGGUGAAAGCAAAGUCAUGCUAUUCAAGAUAAGCGGUGAUCUAACAAAACCUAGUAGCAUCAGCAUUGAGCACUACUAUACAAUGCUUCAACUCUUUCCCGGAAAGGACGCCGAUGUAAGAGACGUUGCAUUUUGUGGAAAUCGCUUUGGAUAUGCCCAUUACAAUGGAGCCAUAUACAACUGGAGAAUGCCUGACAAAUUGUACCAUGGCUGGAAUGAUGGCAAGCCAGUGCCCGACUUGUAUGACCGCAACGAUUGGUACCUUAGAAACCAAUACAACGUAAAAAAAGACUACCAAUACUACUUUGCAUGUUCAAACAGCGGAAGAGACUGGUUGGUGGAAAAAACAAACAGGGCAACUACAAGAGAUGGAGUAGGUGUAGUACCCUCCGAUUACGGAUUUUCAGUCAACGAGAUCUUGGAAGAAGGGGCGGAGAUCAAGGUUCUGUAUGAAGAUUGGCUAGACGUUAAAGAUGGGCGCUCACGGAUGAAUAACUUGAAGGGAUUAGCCAUGGAUGGCAAACGAAACCUGUUCUAUUCCUCUGGGAGGUUUUGGGCUAAUGGUGUCUGUGGAGUGUACCAACGCACAUACGAUGGCAAACGCCGCUACAUAAGAGAAUGGAAUGAAGAAAGCAAGAUUGAAAUGUAUGGCAUGGCAGUGGAUGAAAGCGGGUUCCUGUUCUCAAUACAGAAACAUGGCUCAAAAAAGAAAUGUCUUUACAAGUUUCAUCAUGAGAUAGACCUGGAGGACAUCAACGUACCCUAAAAAGACGCCACAAAUAUUUUAAUCAUUCAAUGCUGUAAAAUGUAGAAGAUAAUGCAUUCA